AUGAUUGCUUCCCUCGGAAAACCGAGAGAAGAGAUUCCGUACGAAAAUCGUAAAAAUUUGGCUCCUGGUUUGAGAGGUUGGUAUGUACAUAGACUAUUAGUAAAUGCUGUAGCAAUGUGGGCUUCACCUCGUUAUGCUUGUUAUAUUUGCAAACUUCUUGACGAACUUCACAGACAAGAACGUGAAGAAAUGGAAAAGAAACUUCAAGCAAAAGAUGAAGUCAUUGAAGCAAAAGAUAAAAGCAUACAGAAAAGAAUACCGCGUUCAGUACCAAAAGGAAAGGAAAAGAACUAUAAGUAUAUGAUUUAUACUGAAGAGUUGGAGAAUGAAGAAGACAGAGAUAUGGUUAUGUUGCAUUUAGUCAGAAGAAACAACAAAAGCUUUUACGACCUUGCUAAGAUUUACAAAUCUGACAGAAAUUGGUUCUAUCGCGAAAACUUACCGAUUUCAAUGACACCGAAUGAACAAGUUAAACAAAUAGUUCAAGAUACUUUACCUCAAACACACUAUGAUAUUAAAGGUUGUACAAUUUUUACCUUCAAAGAAGAUUUGCCAUUGUUAAAGGAAAAAAUAACAGAAUAUUUCGACAACUUCAAACAAGUAGGGUAA